CCUAGGAUCUCUUUGAGAAGUUAAUUUUGGAAAUUUAAACUUUUCCAAGACUUAAUUAGUUAUAUUAAAUCCUUUAGGGGAGAUAUUUAAAAAAAUCCGCAACAUUUACAUAAUUUUCAAUAUAAAAAUUAAAAUUCCUAUGUAAUAAUGGUAAAGAUACCAGAGUGGUGUCAUAAAUACUUCAAAUAUAGGUCAUAUUCAGAGCUUGAGCUAUUUAGCCUUUCGAAGCUCACACAGAACAAGUAUGGUCACCUGUUCAACGAUCUAUUGAUGAGGGAUGAAGGGUUUACUAAAAGAAUGUUCAUCAACACCUCCUCAGAAGUCAUGGAGAACGGCACGGGUCCGGCAAUGGAGGAGUGUGAUACCCUGAAAAGGGAAGAAGUGUUGAAGAUGCUCUCAAAAGAACAAUCGAGGAAGAGCAAAGUGCAUUUGUUAACAGUUGUGAACGUUGGAAACAACGCCUGUGGUCAUGCAGGAGUUUGGCAUGGCGGAGUUAUUAGCGCCAUUUUCGACAAUUUGUUUGGACUAAUGGGUAAUGUAGUUUUACCUCUAGCAGCCACAAAGUCACUUACAAUUAACUUCAAGUCCCCAGUAUCUGUGGGAACAACUGUGGUUGCCGUAACCGAACAUGACCCUGAGACGUCUAAAGACGCAGAUCGCUUCACAGUCUCAGGCUCAAUGUUCGAUGAAAGUGGAAAGCUUGUGGCUACAGGGUCCUCUGAACUAGUUGACGUUUCCAAAAGGUGGGCCAAAUGACCCACUAACCCUAGACCCGAAACCAAAACCCCAAAACCGUUAUUUUAUUAACGACUCAAAUUAUGAUAAAAAUUGACAAAA